AUGAACCGGACGACCCCCGAGCAGGAGCGGGCGCCGGCGUCGGAAGCCGUGUGGGAGCGGCCCUGGUCGGUGGAAGAGAUCCGCAGGAGCAGCCAGAGCUGGUCGCUGGCGGCCGACGCGGGCCUACUGCAGUUUCUACAGGAAUUCUCGCAGCAGACCAUCUCCAGGACACACGAGAUCAAGAAACAAGUGGACGGGCUGAUUCGGGAGAGUAAAGCCACAGAUUGUCGCCUGCACAAUGUCUUCAACGACUUCCUCAUGCUGUCCAACACCCAGUUCAUUGAAAACCGCGUGUACGAUGAAGAAGUGGAGGAGCCAGUCGUCAAGCCUGAAGCUGAGAAGACAGAGCAGGAAAAGACCCGGGAACAGAAGGAAGUAGAUCUGAUUCCCAAAGUCCAAGAGGCCGUGAACUAUGGGCUACAAGUAUUGGACAGCGCCUUUGAGCAACUUGACAUCAAAGCAGGAAACUCUGACUCUGAGGAAGACGAUGCUAAUGAGCGGGUGGAGCUGAUCCUGGAACCAAAGGACCUGUACGUGGAUCGACCUCUGCCUUACCUGAUUGGCUCGAAGCUGUUCAUGGAGCAGGAAGAUGUGGGGCUGGGGGAGCUGUCCAGUGAAGAAGGUUCCGUGGGCAGCGAUCGAGGCAGUAUUGUGGACAGCGAGGAGGAGAAGGAAGAGGAGGAAUCCGAUGAAGAUUUUGCCAAUCAAAGUGACAAUGAUCAGAACCAGCACGCGGCGCAGAGGAGCGACGAGGAAGAGGAUGACGACGGCUGUGACCUCUUCGCUGACUCUGAGAAGGAGGAGGACAUCGAGGAGGCCGAUGGAAAUUCCAAGCCUAAAAGACCUACAUCCUUUGCUGAUGAGCUGGCAGCACGAAUCAAAGGAGACGCCCCAAGCCGGCUGGAAGAGGAACAGACAGAUGACGACGAUGGUUUGUUUGCACCCCCUAAGCUGACCGACGAAGACUUCUCCCCGUUUGCUUCCAGAGGCGGCCUGUUCAGUGGCGGGCAGGGACUUUUCGAUGAUGAGGAUGAGGAGAGUGACCUGUUCACUGCCACGCCACGGGAGCAGCAGAGCCAGGCCCCUGUGCACGAAGAACCUUCAUCCUCCAAACCUGCAAAGAAAAUCCCAGCAGGAGGAAUUUCCGUGUUUUUAGGGGACACUGCUGUGUUUGGUGCCACCUCUGCACCCUCACGGAAGGAGCCCCAGAAGCCUGAGCAGCCCCCUCCCGGGAAGAGCCCCCGCCCCCCAGCUCCCGCCGGCCUGUUUGCUGACGACGAGGAGGAUGACGAUGACUUUUUUGCGACAUCUCACAGCAAGCCUUCCAAGACAGACAAAGUCAAACCCAGUGCCGAUAUCUUUGAUGAAGAAGAGGGAGAUCUAUUCAAAGAAAAACCAGUGGCUUUGCCAGAAGAUACUGUGAAUCAGACAGAUGAAAAUAAAGCAAGAGCCAAGAAGCAGGCAUCCCUACCUGCCAACAAAAAUCUCAAGCUUUCGUCAGAAACAAAGCCUCACAAAGGUUUGUUUUCAGAUGAGGAGGACUCUGAGGAUUUGUUUUCUUCUCAAAAUACAAGCAAGUCAAAAGGAGAAUCUCUCCUGCCUAGCAAGCUGCCCACGUCAGUCUCCCUUUUUGAUGAUGAAGAUGAAGAGGAUAACCUUUUUGGGGCUACAGCUGCUAAGAAGCCGACAUCAUCUCUGCCAGUUCAGAGUCAGGAGAAGGCAGAGCCUCCAGCGCCCUCCACGAAGAAAGCACCCGCCUUACUGUUCAGCAGUGACGAGGAGGACCAGUGGAAUAUUCCUGACUCAAAGACCAACCCGGUGUCUGACAGCUUGUCUAAAGAAGACUCCAGAUCCGCCCCAGUCCAGGAGGCCAAGGCCGUGGGAAAGACCAGUCUCUUUGAGGAGGACGAUGAAGAUGAUCUGUUUGCUAUUGCCAAGGACAGCCAAAAGAAGAUCCAGAGAGUGUCGCUCCUCUUCGAAGACGAUGCUGACAGCAGCGGCAGCUCUCUCUUUGGCUCCCCGCCUGCGCCUGCACCUGCACCGCCUGCAGCAAAGAAAGAAGAGGCCGUUCCCAAGGACCCCCCGUUGCUGUUCAGCGAUGAAGAUGAGAAAAAGCCAGGGUCAGGAGUGGCUGUGGAGCCGAAGGCGGAGAGUGCCAAAGACUCCUCAGGAUUCUCCAGCAGUGACUUGGCUGAGAAGUCAGAAAAGGAAGGACGUUUGACCGUGUCCGCUCACGAAGCAGCCAAGCAUUCAGAUUUCUUUUCUUCCUCAUCCGCACUGGACAGAGGAACCAAAGGUAGAAGCAAAACUGUCCUGAGCUUGUUUGAUGAGGAAGAGGACAAAACGGAAGAGCAAAGCAGCACCCCAGCUCUGCAGAAAGAAGUAGCAAAGGGUCCUGAUCCUGCUGCCCGCCCCAAGAGCACAGGCGUCUUCCAGGACGAAGAGCUGCUCUUCAGCCACAAACUCCAAAAGGACAAUGACCCGGAUGUUGACCUUUUUGCUGGCACAAAAAAAUCCAGGUCGUUGGAGCCAAGGGUUGGCAGCCUGUUUGGAGAUGAUGAAGAUGAUGAAGAUGAGGAUCUUUUCAGCUCGGCCAAGUCCCCGCCUCUGGUACCAGAAAAAAAGAAGGUAGUGAAAAAAGACCAGUCUGCUUCCUCUUUGAAAAACCAGAAAUGCCCUGACUCCACCCAAAGCAGCAAAGCAAACAGCCCGUGGGAUCUGGAAAGCCCUCAGGACUCGUCAGGUCUCGCUCCAUUUAAACCCAAAGAGCCAUCCACUCGCAUCGGGAAAAUACAAGCACAUCUAGCAGUUAAUCCCGCCGCCUUGCUGCCUGCAGUGGCACCCCAGCCCCCGGCAGGGAAGUCCAUCUUGCCAGAACUGGCCUUCCCGUCGCCUGAAGCCGGAAGGAGCCGUGCUCUGGGAAGUGCAUCCCCCCUUGCUGGGAGCGGGGAGGCCGGCGUGAGUUUCGAUUUCCCAGCCCAGGCAGACACCUUACACAGUGCCAACAAGGGCCGGGUCAAAGUGAGAGGGAAGCGCAGGCCGCAGACGCGUGCGGCCAGACGACUGGCUGCCCAGGAGUCCAGUGAGACCGAGGUCACGAGUGGCCCCAGAGGACCUGCUGCACACCUGGCAGAUGGCGCCGUCUCACCCAGUGGCUGGCAGCCACAGCCCAGAGUGGACGGCUCUGGUGAAGCCAUGGCUGCUGCCUCUCUACCUUGGGAAGGCGGCCCCAGGCCUGGAGUGGACAGAAGCCCCUUUGGGAAGUCUCUGGGUCAGCCCAGCGGCGAGCCUGACCUCUUUGAUUCUGGAGACAUCUUUUCCAAGGGCGCUGGAUCUCAGUCCAUGGAGAGAACACGGGCCAAGGCCAAAGCCGCAGAGAGCACAGGCCACCUGCCAGGGGCAGGGAAGGCCAAGGGCUCCCUGUUUCCUGCUCCGGGGGACGCCAGCAGCGAUGACGAUCUCUUCCAGCCCGUGAAGUCCAAACCAGCAAAGAAAGCCAGUCCCUUUCCUCUCCUGGAAGAUGAGCACGACCUCUUUGCGGGCCAGAAAGGCAAGAAGAAUGAGUCAAAAUCCAGCAGUCCUCAGGAUGUCCUGUCAAGAACACAGGAUAUUUUUGAGGAUGAUAUAUUUGCUACAGAAGCAAUUAAACCCUUACAAAAAACGAGAGAGAAGGAGCGAACGUUGGAAUCCAACUUGUUUGAUGAUAACAUUGAUAUCUUUGCUGACCUAACUGUGAAACCGAAAGAAAAGUCCAGAAAGAAAGUGGAAGCUAAGUCUAUAUUUGACGACGACAUGGAUGAUAUCUUCUCCUCCGGCAUCCAGGCUAAGACAAGCAAACCCAAAAGCCGACCUGCUGAGGCAGCGCCUGAACCGAGAUCCGAACACAAGGUGUCGAACUUAUUUGAUGACCCCCUGAACGCACUUGGGGGCCCGUAGAGCACACAGGGUACCCACAGCUCUCCCCUAAGCUACACCUCGAGUUAGCGAUGCUGUCUUACAUGCUCAUUGUCCUAACUGCAUUGCAAAAAGCAAAUGUUGUAGCAAUUGACUCAAUGUACUUAAUAUUCUCUGCACUGAUUUUAAUUAGGCUUACUACCACAAAUAAAAAUAAUAUGUCUCAGUG